AUGGAAAAGGAAGCCAAGGAGCUGUUCAGGUCCUAUUUGACUCACCAGGGCUUGCUUAUGUCCGACCUUCGCCGACUCUGCGAUGAGGCUGUACAGUGGUUUCCUACAGAGAAUAUAACAGACCAGCCAAAGGUUGUCAUGCUGCAGGAGCUAUACCGGACUCUGGUGCACAUGAAGGACGCCCUCGAGAACAUCGGGAAGCAGCAGCAGGUGCUGAGCACCCCAGGUGCUGCACUACUUGACAAACUCCAAAGAACCCAGUGGGCGGUGAGAGGGCUUCUCUCCAACACCGGCUGUGCCCUCUGUCUCGAGGGCGUCUCGCCCAACUCCAGGCACACCCCAGAGAGACCUGCAGCCACUAACGCUUUCCAGCAAAAGAUUGACGGAUGCAAAGUGCUCAGGAACUGGCACAAGUUCCUGGAGAAACUGGCCAGGGGCUCAGGGAAGAAAGCGCCGCAGGCACUCAGAGAUCAAAGGAAAAGACGGAAAGGCACAAAAAGAAAGGAGGGUUCCUCACGCUCCGGAAUGAGCCGCCCAGUGGGAGCCAGGGAGCCCUAG